AUGUUUGUAUUGGAAUCCACUCCUCGGCUACUCUUACGACUAUUGGCUUACCAUCCACAAUACGCGGCUGCAGUGCAACAAUUGGUCUACCAAUGCACGUCGUUCCCAACUAGCUCCCAUUUUGACCUUGUACUCCUUGCCCCUCUUCACGUUGCGGCGCGGUAUGGCUUUCACGAGAUUCUCGACUCGGUGCUGAUGGGGACGGCGAAGGGCAAUGUGGCUUUGAGGACAAGCGGGGGAAAGGAAGGAUUAUACGGCGUUGAUGAUAGCGUCGAAACGCGGGAAAACGGAGACGGUGGAUGCACUCCUUGGCUAUUCACGACGAACGGUGCUGGGAUCAGUGCUGGAAGAGGGCAGACAGCUCUUUUCCAUGCCGUUGAUAGCGAGGCUGUAGUCCAGUGCCUUCUCGCACAUAAGGGAAUAAAGGUCAACGUCACGUUGACCUCGGUAGUCGAUGAAGGUGGGGGCACGGCAUUGAUGCAUGCGUCUAAUUGCGGUAGCGCGAGCGUUGUACAACUUCUCCUCGGAGUCCAAGAUAUCGAUGUCAUCAUUGCCAAUGGCGAAGGGGAUACCGCUCUCAUUCUAGCAUCCGGAUUGGGCCAUUCGGAGUUCGUUCGUCACCUUCUCCAACACAACAGGAUCGAUGUCUAUCGCAAGAACGCAAAAGGUCAAACAGCACUCAUGGCGGCUCAGGAGGCACCGAGAAUUAAAAGGGACUGUGUUUCGGUUAGGGAGGGAAGCUCGGAAGCAAUCAAAUUGCUCGCCGAAUUCGAGAAACGAGCCGCGAACAGUUCAAACUAG